GCGGAAGCUCCUGUCAGAGGCCGCCGGGAACAUGUCGCCCACCAUGGGGACGGAGGCGGGGACGGCGGGGCCUGGCUCGGCGGCGGAGCUGCUCCUGCAGCGGCUGGAGCUGGCCGGGGGUUCGGCCGAGGGCGGCCUCUGCAGCCUGGAGGCGGCCGCGGCGCUCGGCCUGGAUCACCAAACGCUGGUCGGGGCGGUGAAGAGCCUGCAGGCGCUGGGCGAGGUGAUUGAGGCUGAGCAGCGCACAUCCAAGAAGUGGGAACUGACUCCUGAGGGUGAAGAAGUGGUCCGAGAAGGGAGCCAUGAAGUCCGGGUCUUUAACAGCAUCCCCCUGGAGGGUCUGGCCCAGAGCGAGCUGAUGAAGCUUCCAUGUGGAAAGGUGGGAUUCAGCAAGGCAAUGUCCAACAAAUGGAUACGGCUAGAUAAGAGCACAGAGGGAGGCCCCCAUGUCUUCCGAGCAGUAGAGAGCGUGCAGGAUGGGGUGAGGGAAAAGCUACUUCAGUUGCAGCAGGGAGACCCCAACAGCCUGGAGGAGAAGGACAAGAGUGAACUGAAGAAGCGCAAGCUCCUGACUGAAGUAACCGUGAAGACGUACUGGAUCAGAAAAGGCAGUGCUUUUAGCACCACUGUCACCAAGCAGGAAACAGACCUCACUCCGGAGAUGAUUGCCAGUGGUUCUUGGAGAGACUUGAAGUUUAAAGCUUACAACUUUGAGGCUCUGGGCAUCAUGCCUGAAAGUGGCCAUCUCCACCCGUUGAUGAAAGUCCGCAGCCAGUUCCGGCAGAUCUUCCUUGAAAUGGGUUUUUCAGAAAUGCCCACCAAUAACUUCAUUGAGAGCUCCUUUUGGAACUUUGACGCCCUUUUCCAGCCGCAGCAGCAUCCAGCCCGGGACCAGCAUGACACCUUCUUCCUUAAGGAUCCUGCCGAAGCCACUCAGUUUCCCAUGGAUUAUCUAAAGAGGGUGAAGCGAGUUCACUCCCAAGGGGGCUAUGGAUCUCAGGGGUACAAAUACGAUUGGAAGCUGGAAGAGGCUCGGAAGAACGUCCUUCGGACGCACACGACUGCCGUCAGUGCUCGCAUGCUCUAUCAGCUGGCCCAGCAGGAGAAGUUCACCCCUGCCAAAUACUUUUCUAUUGACCGGGUCUUCAGAAACGAGACACUGGAUGCUACCCACUUGGCCGAGUUCCACCAGAUUGAAGGGGUGGUGGCUGACUAUGGCUUGACGCUGGGUGACCUGAUGGGGGUACUGAAAGAGUUUUUCACCAAGCUGGGAAUCACACAGUUGCGGUUCAAGCCGGCUUACAAUCCUUACACAGAGCCCAGCAUGGAGGUGUUCAGCUACCACCAGGGCUUGAGGAAGUGGGUGGAGGUGGGCAAUUCAGGAGUCUUCCGCCCAGAGAUGCUGCUGCCUAUGGGUCUCCCGGAGGGUGUGUCUGUCAUUGCUUGGGGGCUAUCUCUGGAACGGCCCACUAUGAUCAAGUACGGCAUCAACAAUAUCCGGGAACUGGUGGGUCACAAAGUCAACCUACAGAUGGUGUACGAUAGCCCAAUCUGCCGCCUGGAUGCCUAGGUGGCCUCAGCUGCCUGACGGUGCUUUCUGACCAGCCUAUUUAUUAGUACUGCUCCUGGCAGGAAUGCCAGCCCUGCCUGAGCUCUCUUUUGCCUCCAGUUGUGAUUUCUUUUUGAAAAAAAGUGGCAGUGAUGUUCCUUCAGGUCCGUCUUUUGGAGGACUCUUCUGGAGGGUGAAUUGGGGGAGCUUUCCCAUUCCAUCUUUGAAAAAGACUUGUAGAUCAAGUUGUGUUCAAUAAAAACAGCAUUGGCCAGGAA